AUGCAAGUCUUCCCUAAAACAGCAGCGGCCAUCUUCAAGGUAAGCUAAAUAACCCCUGGCAAGGAAAUGGGAGAGGGUGUCUCACGACUCACGGACCGACGAUGCGAGCACCCAAUCUCUGUCAUCGUGGCCAUUCUGUGCAGGGCCCACUCGUGAAACCCCCAUUACCACCAUUGUCGUAUGACACGAUUCACAGUCUACCGACAGUUAAGUGAAUCCUUCACCCUAACGCUUCCAACAAUACCACUUAUGCUUCUACCAUCAUCACCAACAAUAAUGCACACUCAAUUCAAACCCUUCCCAAUUACGACAUCACUUGUAACAGGCAGACCACGGAUCUCUUUUUCUUGCAUACAAAUUAAAUGCAGAUACUGCACAAACGAUAAGACAAUCAUAAAGACACAAGAAAUGUCUUUCAACAGAACACAGAAUGGAUGUAUUCGUCCAUCCAAGGGCAAUCACACUGUUAAUAUGUCUUUCCGAGUGGAACAUUUUUAAUAACACAUUGAACAGGAAAACCGGACACAAACGCACUUCCCAAAACAGACAAGAGAUUUACUUCGACUUCCUCUGGCAACCAGAGCCUGUAGUAGAACUCAUCGUAGUACGUUAUGUGUUCAGGAAAUACGAGUCCGGAGUAGACUCGCUGACGGGGCCUGCGCUGGAAAUGACGAAUGAACAAGGUGAUUUGCACUGGGAUAUUGUGGAAGGUAAAAAUGCGUCGGCUCACUUCACCGAAUCCUGUAGGAAAACUUCCGAUUGUCUAGGCGUGUACGCUCCCCCUUGACUUUGUUAGGGUGACCACGCAGGUGACUCGUGGUCGUGAAUUCAAAGAAGUCGUCAGUUUUGAGCGAACAUUCAUGCCCGUGGAUAAUGCGGAAUGUCCAUAACAGGUCACACCUCAUUCGUCUAUAGGAUAGGGGGAACAAAUUUAACUGGAUCAGUCUUUCUGGGUAUGACAAGGGUAUACAAGAACUUUCGCCUAGAACAUUCAGGCCGUUCUACAACGUCAGCCCAGACAGCAUGUUAUAUCGUCCCAACUGUCAUCAAAGUUUGUGAGCGCACGAAACCACGCAGGCAAGAAUGCGACAAGUUAAAUGACACUUGAUGGGGUUGUUGCUGUUGUUGUUGUUGUCAUGAGGUCGAAUGUGUUUACCCACUAGACGUGUUCACCUCAUAAUCAAGCCCACCGACAGCCAGGCCCACACAAACGCUCAUUGCUUUCGGCGUCUGCAAACAGGGUCGCUGGCAUACGCGUCCAGAAUGUCGUCAAGGUUCACGCUCCGACUAAGAAAACCCAAACUCGCUCACAGCGCCGCGCGAGGGAGCGACUCUGUGUAUCGUCUUAAAUAAAUACAGACCGUUUAGGACCCACUGUGAUUUUUGAGGAAGAUGAACAGAUCGACUUGAUACCCAGUCGUAUAUAUGAGAAAACACAUGUAUAAGGCUGGUGGACACAGCGUCUCGCGUCUCAUAGUUAACGUUCAACAACCAGCGAACACUGAUUCAAAGCCGAUAUAAUCCAGGCCAGUUCUGUCAACGUCUUUUUGGGUUAUUUUCGCUAUUUCAGCAGUUGUGACAAAAGUUGCGUCUCAUAAGUUGGACUGUUGGCCACAUCCGCUGGCACACCAUUUGGGUCGCAAAGCGGGCUAGAGCAGAGAUGUGCUGAACCAAAUCAGGAGUCCGCUUGGCUCACAUACGAGUCAGUGCGGCUGCGCAGGGUUCGUGCGAGCUCAUUACUACUACCACACACGAGGGAGGCGGGGGCGGCCCGUCCCAGUAAUGAGUCUUUGCACUGCGUAAGUCAUUGUGCUCGGCCAGAAUAGCAUUUGAUUGAUGGGCCCGGGGGUCCUCUGGGUCGGACAAUUGUGUGUAGCUUGGACUGUGCAAGACGAAGGAGAGGUUCCUGUCUUACGGGAUCGGUGGGAAGGGGGGGUUUUUAGGGUGGGGUAAACGGGGAACCCAUCGAAGAGUAAGAAAAAAAAGUAAAAAAAGAGGUUCACAAUGUAAAUAAUAAAGUUUGUUUGAGUUGAAAAUGUGCCGAAAAUUCAAAAAGGAAGUCGUAACCAAUUGGAGUAAUAUACCCAAAGCCAAGGCCAUUCGGCCUAAGGUGCCCCAGACAAUACUGCCACUGAUGAUGAAUCCUGGUCAAAUGCCAGCGACAAGUAGGGCGGUGGAAAGUGAACCCGAAGAACGGUAAGUAUGAAUGCAAAAUACGGAGGACGGAAUCCGAAUUUAUUAAUUUGUUCAAUAAUUACCAAACAUUUCCCACUUAUAGAAGGGUGACAGCAAAGAAGAAACGUAAGGCAGCUCCACAAGCUAAUAAUGCCAUCGGAGAUUGAACAGACCCUGUAUAUUAUCCAGUCCCCAUAUGUAGUGCAAUAGUUACAAGCUAAACGAGGCAUGGCGACGGAAGCCAGAUGUCGCUGUCGUAAACCGAUGCCGUUGCGAAUAUUGCGUCAGCACACAGACGAGUUUGACUUCAGGUACACGAAAAUAUUAAUAUAAUGCAUUGCCUAGGUGUAACAAAUGUGGUACCAAAAGGGCACUGAGAACUGGUUCGGUGUUUAUGGAUAGUCGCCUGGCUUUAUCGAAGGUCCCAUGUGGCUCAUGCCUAUCCAGUAUCAGAAGAGCACUCGGAAACCGAGAUAUUUAGCAGCUGACCGGAAAGGUAAGCAGUGAGAUGUUAAUGAUGUUGUACACAUAGUUCAAUAACAGCAGCCAGUGGAAUAACAGCCAGGGAGAACAACUGAACGGCCAGGCAAUUGACAUUUUGGCCACUGAAAACUGGUACAACGGAAACAGUUUGUAAUUCUUUCAUACUCCGCACUGAAAUAGUGAAUUCCUUACUAUACCUCUGAACCUUUUUUUCCAUUUUGUCCCAUAACCCCAGCCGAAAAUGCGCCAACGGGGAUUGAUAUCGUAGUGUUUGAAGGGAUUUAUGGAAAACCUAUGAACACCCUAACUACCGAUCAUGACCAAUCGGAAGGCUACUUCGUAAGUACGCUGACCGUAAAACCGAUGAAUGAUGUACGUAUAACGGGAGAGCCAAACAUACUGGUAGCUGUUCCAAGCCGGCUGCGGUUGGGUGUAGGGAGGGGAAGUGAGCCGUACGGCAGGCAAAGAAAGCAAACGGCAAGCGGCCUUAGGAGACCGCACAGGAAGCCAGCAACCGGGUUUAACGUCUGUACGGCUAAGCCAUGAAGGGCUAGUUCAGCCCCUGAAGUAUGUAGAAAGGGCAGGUGCACUGGCGGGCCAGACCUGCACCGAUUAAGUGCACCCAACGCCUACGCGCCUAACCAACUCACGCGGUAACCGCAGGGAACGCGGUAUGGGAGGCCCCCCCCCCCCCGCGAUCGAAUACAACGGGGCUGUUUCUUAAAAGGGGGGGGGGUGAGGGGUAGCGAUCCGUUAACACGACUGAAGCAGCUCGCAAUUAGAAGGAUAAAGGAAAGCGUGUUGAACCGCAAUCGGCAAAGGUUAAUUCUUUCGCCUUUUACUAAAGAUUUCCGUGUGGGGGGUGCAAUGCAAUGAGCCCAUAUAGACAGUCUUGCAGCGCCUCGUUCUCGGGGCGGUUAAAGUGAAGGAGAAAUUCAUCCUGACAGAGCCUCUACGCCAAAUAAAGCAAACGUAGCUGGAGUACCCAGUCGUAGUAAUGUAGCAAGCACGCUAAGUGGCCGAUGAGGGGGAAUGUGAACGUGAGCAAUAACAUGAAGGAAUUUACAGCAUAACCGCCCUUCCUUCGUCCAAUUGGCAGCUGUAAGUAUAUGCGGGAGGUAUGGCAAUGGCAACUCAGCAGCGGACAAGGUAUACCAAAGCGAGGUCGAAUAAAUUACACCCGCGCGGCCGAAACGCCUGAAAUAUGUAACUUAAUAAAAGCACGCCUACUGAUAGGAAGCAAGUACGUCAACAAUGUUGACUCAUAAUGCCAGGCUACACGGAAUUGUCUCGUCGUCCUCUGUUGCAUGUGAGGGGGAAGGGCGUGCGAAAUGGACGCUGAGGAAUCCGUAAACAAUCAAAAUCAUUACGUUCUUGACUAAUAAUUAAACUGACGCAAUGGAGUCUAUCACAAUGCGCCCAGAGUCGUGGUUCGGGAGGUCGUGGUCAGUCAUCGCAAGGAGACUGAAAGUCGGACUCAAGGCUUCCUCCCCAAUGUGACUUUAAUAGUCACAGUCAUUGGAGAUCCCAGCCGCCCCUACGAAGAACUGGCACAUGUCGUGGGGGGGGCGAGGCUGCGUGUGGCACGUGCAGACAGGUUGUUCAGCUUUGCUGGCCACCGUGGCCGCGACCACUUCUGAUCGGAGCAAAGUCACACAUGAGAAUAUGCAGCACUCAUGUAGGUGGAGGCAUGUCCUAAUAAGCAAAAUGGUCAGAUUUUAUAAGGCAAAUUUGCAGUAGAUGUGUCAGGAUGUAGAUGAAAUGUUUACCGAAAUUCUGAAAUGCGUUUUCGAAUCAAAAAGAUUGCUUAAGUAGAUUUGUUUUGUUAAUCAACAUGCAGCAUAAUCCUAUGGUAAUUCAGUUACGUCGAGAUGCCGGCUUUCGAACGAACUUCUUUACAGCUGAUUGAAAAAAAGUUGUAUCCGGUAAAAAUGACUAGUUAAUUAGCGUGACAUUUUCUCAUAGAUUUUUGAUGAUCGGAGAAAUUCAAACAUAUCUCUUAGAAAACAUGAGUAUACAUUUUCACUCCUUUAGACAUUUCGUUGAAAAUUGUGCCUUAUUCAAAUUUUAUACUUGAGGAAAAUGUAUAAGUCUGCUUUAAAUAGUUUUUUCGUUCAUGAAAUUUUCAUUAGAGCGUGAAAUGCCGUUCACGAAAUAUCCUGUCUCUGCAUUUACUAAUGUUGCCUGUAAAGAAUGCACUUUGGUCCACACCCAAUGCCACAUUUUAUGAAUCCCAUAUAGUCUCUCGUUAAUGCAGUAGAGAAAUAUGUGGCUUUUCAUACACGGAAAAUGCACAACUUUUAAUUUGGAAACCCUGAAUGCAAACCCAACGGCUGGUCCGGUUCAAAAUUAUUCUGGAAUAGGAAAAGGGUCAGAUAUGAUUAUGUAGUCGCACCUGAGGUAAACCAGCCCUAGCCGCCUGUAAUAGGCGACCGGUGGUAAUAGGGGUUUUUACAGGUGGGGCUUGUGGACGCACAGUCGAAGAGGUCAAGUAAUUGCUAUUGGGAAUGCGCGGUUGUACUUUGAGUAAUUGAGAAAUGGUUGCCCUAAUCACCAACCCUAACCCGUGUUGCGGACAUGUAACAAAUCACAAUAAUUUUAUAGGAAAGUAAAUUUUCAAAGGGUCUUUCUUGGUGGCCGAUGGACGUCUCUUAAAACACCAAGAAUGCUUGAAGUUUGCCCUGAGAUAUGUGUUGCCUAAUUAACCUCAAACUAUACUUUUUCUAAUGCUCCUGCAAAUGUCUAAGCGGAUCACUUCGCCAACUAGUUUUCACAAUCAAAUAACUGUCCGCUCAGUGUACAAGAGAGACUAUUAAAUCCAUUAUAGGACCGCGAUUUAACUGCCUUCUCAAAUGGGAGACAUCAGGCAAGAUUUCUCGUGAAGCUGCCUCAAGGAGGGAAUAAGAAAUACACUGUAUUUCGUCAGUCGCGAACGGCAACUUAUUCCGUGUUCCCCAACUGACGCAGAAUUGCGCGUCAGUUAGUUUUUGAAUAAACAGAUGGGGCACUCUAUCCUCUCCUACCCACCUUGUACGGAUGGCAGAUCUGGUCGUGGCCACGGCGGGCGGCGAAGCUGUACAAACCGUCUACGCGUGCCACACACAGUCCCGCCCCUCUACAGCACUUGCCAAUUGUUCGUAAGGGCUGUUGGGAACUCGAGUGACUGUGAAUAUUAAAGUCGCAUCAGGAUGACGCCCAGUCCAUGCGGUGACUGAAUCCUCCUUCCGACCUUCCGAACCAUGACUUUCGGUGCAUUGUGAUAGACUCCAUUGCGUCAGCUUAAUUAUAGUGAGUAACGUGCUGAUUUUUCUUGUUUACGGAUUCCUCAGCGUCGGCUUCGCAGGCUCUUCGCCCUCUCAUGCUUGAAGUAAUAAAACUUCAUCAAACAAACAUUCAUGCGCACAAGACUGUCUGUCGCCUCUGUUUCAUGCGGUUACUGAUUGACCGACAGGACAACUAUGGGAUUCCCAUUAACAAACAACGAAAUACCUGAAAUAUUUACCGAACUUGAUGUACGUUCAGCACACUAAAUUAGUCCUUGGCCGUCACCGUGUAGUUAUUCACAACCUCCAAUAACCGACUGCAUCCGGUCAGUAGACAUGCUGGGCCGUUAUACACAUCUAUGUAUAUGAAUAACUGGCCACUACAACCCGUUUGAAAAUGUCGCCUGCCCUCUUCUAUGCAGUAUGUUUGUACGCAUCCCUGACAUUCGGUUGCAUUGAAUAUAAACGUAAGUUCUGGAUUAAUUAAAAACCCCAGAUUUCAAUAGCACAUUUUAUCCCCUAUAUGAUAUUUUUCGUCUCUCAAUUAGCAUAUACACGAAUAAACCAUGUAACCUGGCUUAUGCCUGCUAGCCACCGACAGGACGAUCCGAUCAACCAAUAAAACCGUCAGUUCGCAGAGUUAGGCUUGUCUGUUUUAUGUACUUCGAUGAGAAUGUCAAAAUGGCAAUUGAUGCAGUCGCCAGUUGAAGAUUUUUAAAACACUACGUUCAUUUACUAUCAUGUUUCCUCAAAUAUUCCAUAUUUUUCAUUACGAAACUACCACAUGCACGAUUAAACCAGGCAAAUUUGCUUGUGCUCGCCAGCUAUCCAAUCUGCUUAUCUACCAAGCUGUUAGCGCUCGGAGUUGGAAUCAUCUACUUAUUUCCACGAGGAUGAAAAUAGGCGAUUGAUACUGUUAGCCAAAACACGAGUUUCCGCCAGUUCGCUCAACGGCUCCGAAUGUUUUACGGGUGGUGGACAGAUUAAGCUGGGAACUGACCCCGCAGUUGCCCACGCAUCAUUUGCUGGUCUACUUAUGCGCCUACUGUAAACUGGCAGAUUUGUGCCCCAUUCAAGUGAGGGACGGCCUAACAACGAUCGUGCAAUCAUACAUGUAUUCCACCUCAACAAAUAACGUAAGGAUUGAAACGUCAGAUGGACCUCGUUGCCAAAGCCGCAUUGAAGGCCUUCAGUUCGGCAACGGAAGCAGCUGCAACCUACAGUAGAUGGCUUAACUCAUGAAAUGUCGAGACCGGCAUUUGAGUUGACGGGACGGCACAUAUUUGGUAUGGUUAUUUUUGUUUUUAUGAUUGAUUAGAAUCCCAAAAAGCCCUUUUCUAAAGAAUAGGUCAUGUUAUUUCAGUUUUAUUCAGAGGAAACGGACCAAAUUUAGGGAAAUUUUGAUAUCUCCGGAUAUCCGGUAUGAUUCCAAUUCAGUAUACGACUAUGAUCUACUACUUAAGACCGCAGCCAGCCUCUCUGCCUGCGACCUUCGAAGCAUUUUUAUCCCCGCCAACAGUCCGGACCUAAAUCUCAUCGAAAAUCUUUUUGCCCCAUUCAAGUGAUGGACGGCCUUACAACGAUCGUGCAAUCUUACAUGCCUUCAACUUCAACAAAUAACGUAAGGAUUGAAACGGCAGAUGGACCUUGCUGUCAAAGCCGCAUUGAAGGCCUUCAGUUCGACAAUAGAAGCAGCUGCAUCCUUGUUAGAAGAGAAGAGUGAAAGUCCUCUCCCCAAGAUCUCUGUCAAAUUCAUAUUAACUUCGCGAACGUAAGUUUCAUCCGUCAGGUGCGUGUAUCUGUUUCUUCAAAUACAUGAGCUUCUUUUCAGAUUGAAGGAUUCAGUGAAGUAAGCAGGCACACUAUUAUCUACAAUGACAUCCCAGUGCAAAUCACCGUACUCAUUCGUCGUUUCCAACGCAGGCCCCAUCUGCGAGUUUACUCUGCGCUUGCAUUUCCUCAGCAUACGACGUACUACCAUGAACUCAACUACAGUCUCUGGUUGGCAGAGAAGGUCGAAUUUAAUCUCUUAACCGUUUUGGGGAGCGCGCUAAUGUCCGGUGUUCCUGUCCAGUGUGUUGUUUAACACUCUCUUCGCGGAAAGUCCCAUAAACUACGCAUGCAAGAGAAAGAAACCCGUGGUCUGACUACUACCAGGAAUAAGUGCUUGCCUCUGCAGACACUUGUUAGCCGCUCAGAGUACGACGGCUUCACAAGUGAUCGACCAGGCCUAUGGCUUGUGUGAAAGUGCAGCCGUAAUUGGGAAAGGUUGGAAUUAAUUGCACAGCGUUUGUGCUGUUGGUGCUGCUGCUGUUGGUGGUGGUAGUGGUGGUGGUGGUGGUAGUGGUAGUAGAAGCAACGGUGUGUAAGAAACCCGUGGUCUGGUUGUUACAAGGAAUAAGUAUUUUUCUCUGCAGAGAUUGUAUUUACUCUUCAGAAAGUGGAGUACCGAAAUUAAAGACAGUCCGUUUGAGGCACGCGUGUGCUGCUGGGUUCACUGCCCGGACAAAGUGCGUCUAUAGGACACACGAGACGACGGGUUUAUUUGAUAGUGCCUGCAGUGCAAGGUUUUCAAUGUUGUCCAUAGCUGAUUGUCUCCAUUUAGUUGUAAUUUGUGGAGCUGACCAGCUGCUUUGUAUGGCAUCAGUCAAGUUUGUGAAUGUAAUGCCUGUCGAACGUAGUGUUCCUUGAGUUCCUACGGCACCGUACGCAAAAUGAAUUUCAUUUACUGCGCCGAUAUUGUGCAAAUGUACAUUAAUGGCGUCUGAGUGUAGGUAUAAAUCAACAUAUCCCGAGUCCACCUGCAAAAACGGGAGAAAAGAGACUUCGACUUUUGCCCUUGUAUUACCUUACGCACAAAUUCGGAUUAUACAUUUAUACAAACUAUUUCAUCUACUAUUUCUGACAUAGCCUCAUUUUUGUGUCUAUUUACCUGUAUGGCAUUGACGUCUGAUUUUAUUGCAAUGGGAAAUGUCCAUAAAAUUGCCAUAUUAUAUGGACUCAGUACAUGUCGUCGGAUAUACCGACACGUCUUUGCUGAUGAUUCUCAACAUAACAUGCCAGAGUUUUCCUUGAACUCGAGGACAGCACCCACUUUCAAGGACGUUGGAUUUAAUUCCCUCGUCUUUUUAGCUCUGCUCUAUGUUGCCUAAUUUGAAACCGAUUGAAAGAGUACACAUACCACUCCGCAUCGUAAAUUCAAAACACUGCUGUUUUUGUCGGUGUAUGAAUGUCAGUGAUUAAACUGUCAUCAUAUAAAAUGGUCAUAAAUGGAGCCUGCGUACUAUGUGCUGGAUGCUGAUUUCAACACUUGAAAAAGUCAGAUCGCAUGUCGUAAUCAGAUAUUUUCCUUCCCGCACCUGGCCGACAAACAAACAUUGGUGAAUCGCUGGGUUGGCUGCCGUCUGCAUCACCAGACGGGUUGUGCCUGUUUCGCCAUAGCGCAUGUAAGCUUGAAAGGAACAGGUUCUUUCAAAUUGUUUUUGAACGAAUUUGUGCAGAAGAACUCCUCUUCCUGAGGUUGGACAAGCCGGAGCAACUGAAGAGUAUCAAACGAAAUCAACUGUAUUCAGUGGUUUUGAGAACUUCGUUGAGUUUUUUUUUAUAAAAUAUGGUGAGAAUUGGUUAGUCUGUCGAAAGGUUCUUGCAAAAGCCACCAUCUAUCAUCUGCACCCCUUAACUAAGCCUGAUCAUCAGCAUUAUAGGGGGCCAAAUGAAACACAAGCCGAGACGAUGCAGCAAGGUAUUACGAUGACCCUGAACUAAGGCGUAUAGCCAGUUGUAUCUUCCUCGAGGCACAGGUCCGUACACAAAAAUCUGAAACUCCAGAUCAUGUGUGUGUGUGUGUGUGUGCUGUGCCCUCGAAACGGGCCACUUAUUAGAUGCGCUGGACCAACACGGGGGCCACAUCGGAUUCUGGCAGGCGCGAUCUGUGCGCAAUAGCAAAUGCCAACAUCAAGGGAGUGCGCUGGCAUUCCCUGUUGUCGUCAGCCGUGACACAACUGAGAUCACUGCCACGCUCUCCAUUGUUGUGGCGGUAAAAUCCUGGUCAUUUGUGUGUUGACCAGGGGAUGCGGAGUGGAGAGCCAAGGCGAGGAUCCGUUCAAGCCAUCCACCUGCGGCCUCCCUCGUCUCCGGUCUUCUUGACUUUGUCUUGACACCGGGCUCAGUCGGGGGAGGAGGAGAGAGUGUAGGUAGAUGCCGUGCAAGUCAACUGGCACUAUAAACCCCUGCGCAAGUCACCGUCCCUGCUCCCACCGCUGCUGCUGUGGGGCACACGGUGGACAUCGUCGAAAUCGAAGGUCGAACUAUCAAGUGUGUGUGUAUGUGUGUGUGUGUGUGUCAACCUCUACGUUGUCGGCCGCUACACUCCAAAUCGUGUGUGUGUUUGUGUGUGUGUGUGUGUGUGUGUGUUUGUGUCCCCAGCAGCACCUUCCACGGCCCUCGCACACAAGUGAGAGUUACGCCUUUCAACCCCCGUUGUGUGAAAUCCUGGUGUUUGUGUGUAUGGGGGUCCAGGUCGUGCUGUGGCGCGCGCAGGCAUGGUCAGUCGACCGUGUCAGCCACCGCGCCCAUUCCCCACUCCAGUUUGCCGACCGGCUCGGACAGCGGCUGGGGUGUGGGAAUGGGAAGGGAGAAUGAGGUCGACGACUCAGCGCAAUUUCUCCUCACUAUAAUCAAUCUGACGCGCUUGAAGCUAUCACGGUGCGCUAAAAGCCGUGGCUUGGAAGGUUGCCAACUGACGGGCUACCUUGGACCUCCUCCUUAACGGGAGGCGGUCUGAGAGUCAGGCUGCAAUGGCUCCUUUUUAAUGUGGCCUUUAUGGCAUUCCCACCACAGCGUGGGAUCCGAGUCAGGUGUCGGCGGCACGCCUAGGUGCGGCUUCGGCCGUGCCAGCCUCCAAAUCUCUUCUGUGUUGGUUGAAAUCCUGGUCAUUUGUUGUGUGGACCAGGGGGUGUGGUGGAACGCCAAGGUGAGGAUCCGUCCGAGCCAUCCACCUGCGGCCUCCCUCGUCUCCGGUCUUCUUGACUCUGUCUUUCACCGGGCUCAGGCGGGGGAGGAGGAGAGAGUGUAGGUAGGUGCUACGCAAGUCUACUGGCACUAUAAACCCCUGCGUAAGUCACCGUCCCUGCUCCCACAAUGCAGUCUGUGGGGCACACGGUGGACAUCGUCGAAAUCGACGGUCGAACUGUCGUGUGUGUUUGUGUGCUAUUCGGGUGUGUCAUUCACGGAAAUGUUGAUGUUUGGUGAUAGUUAAUCUAUAACGCACGACUGCCAGGAUUGCUGUGAAACAAUAAAGGCGAACAAUUCAAUCAACGGCAUUAUAGGACGUGUCAGUUACAAAAAAUGACUUACAAAGCUUGUAUGUACAGGCAGUAUUUGAAGGCAGCAGGUGUAGUAUCGCAAGUUGUACAAAUAUAUGAUGGGUAGGCAUGUCUUGCAGGAGACAACGAGAAGCUGCGUGCUGCUUACUAAGUUAUGCCUCUAGCAGUCAGGGCAACUCUGUAGUUUAUAAAUGUCUGGAUCUUGUAGUAUAGUGAAUUCUAGGUUAAAAUUAUCUGAGUGGCAGUUGCGGUAGGAUUUGCAGACAGUGGCCUUAUGACUUUGAAACACACAAGUUGGUGUCUCGCCUUCUAGCAGAAGAUAAAAAACUCUGCUAUCGCGUGCACAUACACAACCGCUAGGAUACGACCAUGAAGAGCAGGUUAUAUUGGUAAAACAACUAGACGCCCAUCGAAGCGGAUGCGAGAGCACCAUCCUUCAUGGCUAAAUCAAAAUCUGACGAGGUCUAUCGGUAACAAUCGGGAGAUGGCACCCAAAAAAUCCGUUACCUAGAAAUAAUACCUUUAACAGUGGACUCAAACGCCUUCAAGCUAUAUCAGCGGUUGCAGGCCUGCUUUCACGCAUUACUUGGACUUUCCCCGACGGCCUGGCAUGCGCUGGCCGAACGAACAUCGCAGGAGGUUACAUGGACGAUGGUCGCUGUUACCCAACCUUCCCCAUCGUUACACACGUACACCUGAAUAUACGGCAUACAUUCGCAUUAUGACAGUUUAUAACAAGACAAAAUCACUUUUAAAUAGGAUAAGUCUGCACAACAUCGGACAGGAACAGUUCCCAGUCAUCUGUCAAAGACAUGGCAUUGAGGCCAAACCAAAGACGAUACUGUACCUCGUCUAUGGGAGUCCACACAGCUCGACCACAUACAGGGUCUCCCUCGUGGAGUUUCCUCUUCAGUCUACUCUAGUAUGCCUCAAUGACAUUGGCGUGCCGUCUGGUGGUAGUGUCCUUGAAGUUCUUUGAGUGUUUAACAGAGAAAUGCAGAUAACCUUCUGAGGGAAGAUCAUUAUACGCCUUCCACUCGUCCGUUACGACUAUACUGCCUUUGGCGACCCAUUUUGUAAUAACGGAACGGAGAGUGGGCUAACUUCGAUCAUUUACCUGUUCAAAUAAGGCUUUCCGUCGGCUAGUAUCGUACAUCCCGACCAGCCACCACCCAUAAAACCCCUAUUACCACCUGUCCCGUAAGACAGGUUGCUUUAGUUAGGCGGAUUUUUUGGGUGCCAUCUCCCGGUUGUUACCGACCGCUAACAAGCACAAACGUGGAUCCCUUGGUUGAGAGCGGCCACCGGGGAGAUGUCAAAGAUCUAUAAAGUGUCGAUGAGACAGAGCAUGUUCCUGAGUCAGCGGAUGUGUACGACGGCAGAGACAGUGGCCGUACGGUUAGUCAACUCGAACCCUGUGCUCGCAUUAGGCGUUUGUACAAGCGCUAAGUCGGCGGGAAUACAGUGUCGCAACACUUAGAAUUGUCUAUUCCCCCACCAGCCUGUCUUACGGGCGGACUACUACUACUACUACUACUACUACUACUACUACUACUACUACUACUACUACUACUUCUACUACUACUACUACUACCACUACUACCACUACUACUACUACUACUACUACUACUACUACUACCACCACCACUACUACUGCUACUACUACUAUUACUACUACCGCUGUUACUACUAA